CAAAACAGUUUCUGUUUUCAGAAAGUGAAACUAACACAGCCACUGUGACUGAGAGCAGAGAUGGAGCAGAGUCAUCUGGACAGAGAAACCUUCUCCUGUUUCAUCUGUAUGGAUCUACUGAAGGAUCCAGUGGCUAUUCCCUGCGGACACAGCUACUGUAUGAAGUGUAUUAAGACCCACUGGGAUGCAGAGGAUCAGAAGGGAAUCCACAGCUGCCCUGGGUGCAGGGAGACAUUCACACCGAGGCCUGUGCUAAAGAAGAACAUCAUGCUAGCAGCUUUAGUGGAGGAGCUGAAGAAAAUUGGACUCCAAGCUGCUGCUGCUGCUGAUCACUGCUAUGCUGGACCUGAAGAUGUGGCCUGUGAUGUUUGCAGUGAAAGAAAACUGAAAGCUAUCAAGUCCUGUUUAGUCUGCCUGGUCUCUUACUGCAAGGAACGCCUUCAGCCUCAUUAUGAUUCAGCUCCUUUCAGGAAACACAAGCUGGUGGAGCCGGCCAGGGACCUCCAGGAGAACAUCUGCUCUCGUCAUAAUAAGGUGAUCGAUAUCUUCUGCCGCACUGAUCAAAAGACUAUCUGCUAUCUCUGCUCUGUGGAUGAACAUAAAGGUCACGACACGGUAUCAGCUGCAUCAGAAAGGGCUGAGAGGCAGACAGAGCUGGAAGAGGGACGAGGAAACGUCCACCAGAUGAUCCAGGACAAAGAGAAUGAUGUGAAGCUGCUUCAACAGGAGGUGGAGGCCAUCAAUCACUCUGCUGAUAAGACAGUGGAGGAGAGUGACAAGGUCUUCACCCAGCUGAUCCAUCUCCUCCAAAGAAGAAGCUCUGAGGUGAAGCAGCAGAUCAGAUUCCACCAGAAAACUGAAGUGAGUCGAGUCAAAGAUCUUCAGAAGAAGCUGGAGCAGGAGAUCACUGAGCUGAAGAGGAAAGACGCUGAGCUGGAGCAGCUGUCACACACAGAGGAUCACAGCCAGUUUCUCCUCAACUACUCCUCACUGCCAGCACUCAGUGAGUCGACACACUCUUCCAGCAUCAAAGUCCGUCCUCUGAGACACUUUGAGGACAUGACGGCAGCUGUGUCAGAGCUCAGACAGAAACUACAGGACGUCCUGAGAGACGCAGGGACAAAUAUCUCACUGAUGGUCACUGAGGUGGAUGUUCUACUGUCAGAACCAGAACCAAAGAGCAGAGCUGAGUUCUUGAAAUAUUACCGGGAAAUUACUCUGGAUCCAAACACAGCAAACAAAUACCUGGAGCUAUCAAUGGGGAACAGGAAGGUGACUGAGAUGAAUAAAGAUCAUUUUUAUUCUAGUCAUUCAGAAAGAUUCACUUAUUGGGAUCAGGUUCUGAGUAGAGAGAGUCUGACUGGACGUUGUUACUGGGAGGUGGAGUGGAGCGGUAAAGUUUGUUUAGCAGUCACAUACAAGAAUAUCAGCAGAAUAGGAGAAGGGAAUAAAUGUGGAUUUGGAUGUAACAACAAAUCUUGGGCUUUAGAUUGUAACAAGUCUAAAUUUGGUCACAGCAACAUCUGGACCUCCGUCUCGGGUCCAGUUUCCUCCAGAGUAGGAGUGUACCUGAAUCACACAGCAGGUCUUCUGUCCUUCUACAGCGUCUCUGACAUCAUGACUCUAAUCCACAGAGCCCAGACCACAUUCACUCAGCUGCUACUGGCUGGAGUUUGGGUUUGGUACCAAGGAACCUCUGCAGAGUUCUGUAAACCCAACUAGAUUUUUUCUCUUCUCUCUGAUUGCUGAUCAGGGUUCAUUGUUCUGAUCUCUGCUCUGCCAUUGUGUUCUUCUUUAUUUUUCUGGUUUAAAUGUAGUUCUUUGUGUUCCAGGAGGAUAUAUGUUUUGUUUUUGUUUUUUUGUUUUUUUUAUUCUUCUUUGAUACUGAAAUAUUUCUCCACAUGAAAAUCUAAUCUUCUCUGGGCUCUAAUAGUUUUGCUUGAAUAUUCAUGUUGAUGUAUUUGGAUGUUCUGGUUCCUCUUCCACUGUUCUGCAGAACAAAUGUUCUUGUUCAAAUCAGUUGAUAUUGAAGUGAGAUGAACUCACUGGUGUUUUCUUUAUAGUGAUCCAAAGAAGAAACUGAAUCUGUCAUCAGCUUAGAACUGAUGCUGUUUUCUUCUACGGUCUUUAGAAUUAGAUCAGAAUUAUAAACGUCUGCUGUUCUGUCUCUUUAGCUUUCUUCAAUAAAACAAUUUGAUUAAAGAGAAA